AUGGCCAACCAUGAAGACGGUUGGCAUGGAGAGAAGCACUUGAAUAUUACAGGCAUUGAUUUGAAGAAGUUGUCAGAGAAAGAAAGAUGGAGGGUGGAGCAUCAGAUGCUGCACGAGAAGCACCGUGGGCACGAGUCCAUGCAUGCGGAGAUGGCCAUUGUCCUGCUGAUCACACUCGUUGUGGCCCAGAUUUUCCUGGUCCAGUGGAAGGCCAGACAUUUCAGAUCAUACCAGAAAGCCACCCUGGUAGGCAUGUGGCUAAUUCCUGUGAUCAUCAGCAUCAAGUUUGAGUGGUGGCGCUUCUGUGUCUUCUGGACAGUUUUCUCCUUGACAACAGCAUACGUGACAUACAAGGCAUCCAGGAAGCCUCUGUCUGGAUCCACCCCUCGGUGGGUGUACAAAUGGUUUCUGCUCCUGUAUAAAGUCAGCUAUGCCUCAGGGAUCCUGGGCUACCUGGUCAUCAUGUUCACCAUCUUUGGCCUCAACAUGCUGAUCAUGGUCAAGCCACAGACGGCCAUGGAUUUUGGCCUCCUGCUGCUGUUUUAUGGGCUCUACUUUGGAGUGGUGUCUCGGGAUUUUGCUGAAGUCUGUGCAGAUACCAUGGCAGCUCAUAUAGGGUAUUACUCAGCCACUGGCUUGCCAGCCAAGAGGUUGGACCCAAACAUGUGUGCUGUGUGUGGCAAUGAGAUCUACAUCAUGAACAAUGAAGAUGCGGUCAUUGAGAAAACCAUCAAACUCAACUGUGGCCACAUUUUUCAUGAAUUUUGUAUACGAGGCUGGUGCAUUGUUGGUAAGAAGCAGACGUGUCCAUACUGUAAGGAGAAAGUGGAUCUCAAGCGUAUGUUCCCAGGACCAUGGGAGCGGCCACACGUGAUGUAUGGAAAUCUGCUGGACUGGAUUCGAUAUUUAGUAGCAUGGCAACCAGUAAUUAUUGGGAUAGUUCAAGUUAUUAAUUGGUUUUUGGGUCUAGAGUAA